AUGGCUCCUCUCGCUUUCUCUGACAUCGCCAAGGCUUCCAACGACCUCCUCAACAAGGACUACUACCACCUUGCUCGAGCCUCCCUCGAGAUCAAGACCAAGGCCCCCAACGGUGUUGCCUUUGUCGCCAAGGGUAAGUCUUCCCAGAAGGACGGCUCCAUUGCCGGUAACCUCGAGGCCAAGUACGCCGACAAGGCCAACGGUGUCACUGUCACCCAGGGAUGGACCACCGCCAACGUCCUCGACUCCAAGAUUGAGAUCGAUGAGGCUCUUGCCCAGGGUCUUAAGGGUGAGCUCGCCACCUCUUUUGUCCCCUCUUCCGGUGCUAAGAACGCCAAGCUCUCUCUCUUCUUCAAGCAGCCCUCUUUCCAGGCUCGAGCUUUCUUCGAUCUCCUGAAGGGCCCCACCGUCACCUCCGACGCCACUCUUGGCCACGACGGCUUCAUUGCCGGUGCCGAGGUCGGAUACGACGUCUCUGACGCCAAGGUCACCAAGUACUCUGCUGCUGUUGGUUACACCGCCCCCGUCUACUCCACCUCCAUCCUGGCCACCAACUCCCUCUCUGUUUUCUCCGCCGCCUACUUCCACCGGGUUAACCCCGCCACUGAGGUCGGUGCCAAGGCCACCUGGGACUCCAAGGCUGCUGCCGCCCCCGUCGGUCUCGAGAUCGGUGCCAAGCACACUCUUGAUGCCAACUCUUUCGCCAAGGCCAAGAUCAACAACCAGGGUAUUGCCGCUCUUGCUUACUCUGUUGGCCUCAAGCCCGGUGUCCGAGUCGGUGUCGGUGCUUCCAUCGACACCCAGCGACUCGAGCAGUCCGCCCACAACCUCGGUGUUUCUUUCACCUUUGAGGGUUAA